AGGGGGCCGACCGGGCGUGCGUGCCGCCGUUGAUCCGGUGCUGCAGUGAGGAGGUGGUUCUCGCCCGUGUUGUGUGUGUGUGCGUGUGUGGGGGUGUGUGUGUGUGAGUGAGUGAGAGAGCGAGUGAGUGAGUGAGUGAGUGUGUGUGUGGGGGCACUUGGCUGCUUGUUGUCGGUGACUUCCCCCUCCCCUCCACCCUUCCCCCUUCCCGCCGCCGCCGCUGCAGUGGCCGCUCCCUGGGCCGUAGGAAAUGAGCGAUAACGAUGACAUCGAGGUGGAGAGCGACGAAGAGCAACCGAGGUUUCAAUCUGCGGCUGACAAACGGGCUCAUCACAAUGCACUGGAACGGAAACGCAGGGACCACAUCAAAGACAGCUUCCACAGUUUGCGGGACUCCGUCCCGUCACUCCAAGGAGAGAAGGCGAGCCGGGCCCAAAUCCUAGACAAAGCCACAGAGUAUAUCCAGUACAUGCGAAGGAAAAACCACACACACCAGCAAGACAUCGACGACCUCAAGCGGCAGAACGCUCUUCUGGAGCAGCAAGUCCGUGCACUGGAGAAGGCGAGGUCGAGUGCCCAACUGCAGACCAACUACCCCUCCUCAGACAGCAGCCUCUACACCAACGCCAAGGGCAGCGCCAUCUCUGCCUUCGAUGGCGGCUCGGACUCCAGCUCCGAGUCGGAACCGGAAGAGCCCCAAAACAGGAAGAAGCUCCGAGUGGAGGCCAGCUAAGCCGCGCGGGGCAGCCAGCAAUACAAACUGUCGGCCUCCCCCUCGCCUCGCCUCGGCUCCUCCCGGUCAUCGUUAGAGCCCUCACAACAAUUUAAGAGACUCUAUUUUUCUCUUUCUCUCUCUCUUUUUUUUUUUUGUUUUUUUUUUUAAUUUUUAUUUUUACGUAGAAGCUCUUGGACAACAGCUCGCGUCCUCCUUCCCCGUUCCCACUGUUUUUAAGAGAUGUGUUCCCUUCAGGGAUUCCCUGUCCCCACCAGGAGUUUUUAAACCAAAACAGCCCAACUUGGCAGCUUUUCCCUGGAGGACAGACGGCCGGCCGGCCCCCCGAGCACACGGCGGCCCACCCGCUGCGCCCGCCCGGCCGCUCCUCCUGGUCUCCCGCACCCGUGUUUGACAGACUUCGUGAAUCUGUGAACUGCUCUCCAGCGAGAAGAUGACCAAUCUGGAAUAAUCAGAAUGACGCCCCUCCUUUUUAAGGAUUUUUUUUCUUGAAAAGUUAUUUAUCGCUCCUGUCGCAAAGACCAGAUCCUGGGAGAAAUUCGUGGCAUAUGAAAGUGGGACAGAUUGGCAGCGCAGCUCUUCGGGCAUCUAUCACUGCUGCUUCUCUCACGAGCUGUGCAAGCCCGCGGUGCGGCCUGUGGGAGGCCCACGUGACAGUCUCGUGGUAUGUAUGGGAGACAGCAGCCGUGAAGCCGCCGCCACCAGCCAGUGGUGGGGGGCGGUUACUUGGGGGAGGGACAGGGAGGGCGGGUUGGGUGGGGUAGAGGUUUUGUAUUGAGGGCCAGUGAUGAUGUUUUGAUAUUUAUUUCCUGCUACUGAAAUUUGAAUCUGAUUGUCCCUACUUCUGAUGAUGUCGGUAUUGCAAAGCGACAGAUUCAUAAAGUAAUGAUCAAAUCUUCCUUUCCGUGUGUAUUUCUAAGAUAUAGAGCCAAUUGAUUUUUUUAUGUAAAUACCAAGAGCAAUUUACCUGGUACUAAACCCGCACCCCAGUGCGGAUCCCCCCGCCCUCCCGCAGCCCUGGCCCCACUCCCUUUCCUGCUGUCCAGGAACCUGUCUCCGCUGUGUGACCCGGCCCUGGUUCUGGCUGCGGUCAGCAGAUCCCAGUGAAGGCGUUUGUGUGUUGAGGUCUCAUUUCUUUGUCUUUUCCUACUCUGUUCCCGGCAUUUGCUGAUUUCUAGCGCAUACUCUGUAGUCUGUCUGUGUUUGAUUCCAUUCCAUGGAAAUAAAAGUAUGUUGUACAUACUGCUCAAGAGUUGUCCUGCAAGAUAAGGCUUCCCCCUUUACUAUAAGACUAUAAAUAAAAACUUAUUUUAUCCUU